GGUACUUAUCAAGACUACUUCGCUAUCUGACUUUUCACUAGACGAGACCGUCUUAAUAAACCUCAACUUUACAACUAUUUUACUCAACUACCAAAAUUAAGAUAUUUCUAUCCGAUUUUCCACUCCGGUACCAUACCGCCUGCUCUGAUUACUUAUAUCAUACCAACCAAAAUUAUGGAGGAAGAUCGGGCACAAACCGAUCUAGGUAUUGCGGCAGAUAUUGAAGAGGCCCAUGCGCCACCACCCACCAAAAAGCAACCCAAAAAGAGAUUUGUAGGCCGAAGAACCGCUGCAAAUUCUGCAAGAAAUGGCGGUAGUGGUGCCCCAAUAGAAGAUGGCGGGGCUCUUCAAGCAUCGCAACCCCGGCGGGCGCCGAGACUUCUCAAUCAAGUACCACCGGAGAUCUUGAAUGACCCGGAGUUGAAGGAAGCGAUCGCCUUGUUGCCCGCCAACUAUUCCUUUGAGAUACACAAGACCAUUCAUCGCAUCCGAUCUUCGGGUGCGAAAAGGGUCGCACUGCAAAUGCCCGAAGGCUUACUUAUGUUCGCCACCACCAUUUCAGAUAUUCUCACUCAAUUCUGUCCGGGGAUUGAGACCCUCAUCAUGGGAGAUGUUACCUACGGUGCUUGUUGUAUCGAUGAUUAUACAGCACGAGCACUAGGAUGCGACCUUCUCGUUCAUUAUGCUCAUAGCUGUCUGAUACCGGUUGAUGUUACUAAGAUAAGGGUAUUGUAUGUCUUUGUCGAUAUCAGCAUAGAUACAUCACAUCUAUCAAAUACCUUGGAGCGGAAUUUCGCACCACCGAAGACGGUCGCGAUAGUUGGAACGAUUCAAUUCAACGCCACUAUUCAUGGUGUUAAGUCAACACUGGAAAAGGCCGGAUUCAAGGUAUUAAUUCCUCAAAUCGCACCUUUAUCCAAGGGUGAGAUUCUAGGAUGUACCUCCCCGCGCUUAUCCGACUCGGAGAAUGUAGACCUUAUCCUUUACCUUGGAGACGGUCGCUUCCAUCUUGAGAGUAUCAUGAUCCAUAACCCUAAAAUCCCGGCUUAUCGUUAUGAUCCGUACUCGAGGAAACUCACACGCGAGACAUAUGGUCACGAGGAAAUGCAAAGUUUACGCAGAGAUGCUAUCUCAACGGCGAAGAGGGCAAAGAAGUGGGGGCUCAUCCUAGGAUCACUUGGCCGUCAGGGUAAUCCGCAUACGAUGACGCUUAUCGAGAACAAGCUCAAGGAGAUGGGAAUGCCUUGGGUGAAUUUACUACUAAGUGAGAUCUUCCCGGGCAAAUUGGCGAUGAUGAGCGACGUUGAAUGCUGGGUCCAAGUGGCCUGCCCACGACUAAGCAUCGACUGGGGCUAUGCGUUCCCGCGCCCGCUAUUGACGCCGUACGAAGCGUUGGUCGCGCUCAAUGAGAGGCAAGAUUGGAGCAAGAGUGGUGUGUACCCUAUGGAUUACUAUGCAAGAGAGGGACUGGGUAGGACAAAGGAUAUCCAGGUGUCGAGUUGAUAGAGACAUAUCCCUUGUUCUAUACUAUUUUACGAAUCACAGCGUGGACAAAAGUCCUAUUCUAGAAUCCGAGGUCGAUCAAAUACGAUCUAAAAGAAAAACACAACACGGCGUUUCCACUGAUAUAUGUAAAAGAAGUCGACAUAUACUCGUAGACCAUUUACGCCUGAUAUAACGGGAAUGGGCUGCCCAUAUCAUACCAGGCAACUAACCGCUGAUAUAUAGGGCUAUUUAAGCAGUAUGUCACCAGAACACAAUACGAUCACAUGAGAGC